AUGGCGGCGGCGGUUUGGGAGUCCUACCGCGCGCGCGUGGCGGACGCGGUCGCGGGCAAGCCUUGGAGCGACGGUGUGCCCGGCGACUGGAUACUUGGGGACCGGAUCCUGGAUGUGACCCUGCUGCCCAUAUUCUUCGCUUUCGUCUUUGUGGCGCUGCGCGCCGUGGCGGUCAAGUUUGUCUUCGAGCCGAUCGGCGUUAGGGUCAUGGAGGGGCGCAUGAAGAAGACCGAUCGCAAGUGGGACGAGCCGAAGCAGGCCGAGUUCAUGCGGAAGUGGAAGGAGUCGUCUUGGAAGUGCUUCAUCUACAUCUUCUUCACCAUAUUUGUAUUCGCGGCCACAGUCACCAAGCCUUUCUUUUGGGACCCCAGCAAGUUUUGGGAGGGCGCCACGAAGUUCCCACUGAACUACUACAUCCCAUUGGAGCACGUCCUGUUCUAUACCAUGCAGCUGGGCUUUUACCUGCAGGUAUGUGUUGCCGGACCGAUCUGA